UAAUAAGGAUUCGGAAUUGGGAGGCAAAUUGUAAUGCUUGUUGAAUCAGCAAGAAAUCCAGAGGUCCGCUUUACCGCUUCUCCAAGCCAACUCUUCAAGCUCUCCGCUUGUUCUUCUUCUUCUUCUCCACGCUCUUCCGGAGCCCUUCAAUCAUGAUUAAAGUGAGCAUAAAGUGGCAAAAAUCGCUGUUCCGAGAUGUUGAAAUUGACACCAGUCUGCCCCCAGCUGUCUUCAAGGGCCAGCUGUUUGAUCUCACAGGGGUACCUCCUGAAAGGCAGAAGAUUAUGGUUAAGGGUGGUAUACUGAAGGAUGAUGCAAAUUGGUCAGAAAUGGGAGUAAAAGAGGGUCAAAAAUUAAUGAUGAUGGGCACAGCAGAUGAGAUUGUUAAGGCCCCAGAGAAGGGCCCUGUUUUUAUAGAAGAUCUUCCUGAAGAUGAACAAGUGCUUGCAGUGGGUCACAGUGCUGGUUUAUUUAAUUUGGGAAACACCUGUUACAUGAAUUCAACCUUGCAGUGUCUGCAUUCUGUUCCUGAGCUCAAGUCAGCUUUGAUUAAGUACUCUAAUGCUGGGCGAAGUAAUGAUGUGGAUCAAACUUCACACAUGCUAACUGUUGCAACCCGAGAUUUAUUCAAUGAGCUUGAUAGAAGUAUCAAGCCAGUGGCACCUAUGCAGUUCUGGAUGGUUCUGCGAAAAAAAUAUCCUCAAUUUGGCCAGCUGCAGAAUAGUACAUUCAUGCAACAAGAUGCCGAAGAAUGUUGGACACAACUUCUAUACACUCUAUCUCAGUCCCUUAGGUCGGCAGGUUCUAGUGAAAACCCUGAUGCUGUAAAGGACCUAUUUGGCAUUGAUCUUGUUAGCAGAGUACAUUGUCGAGAGAGUGGAGAAGAAAGUUCAGAAACAGAAUCAGUUUACUCACUUAAAUGUCAUAUAUCACAAGACGUGAACCAUUUGAAUGAAGGAUUAAAGCAUGGUUUAAAAUCAGAACUAGAGAAAGUGUCUCCUUCACUGGGGCGCAGUGCAAUUUUCCUGAAGGAGUCUCGUAUUAAUAGCCUGCCAAGGUACUUGACAAUUCAAUUUGUCCGCUUUUUUUGGAAGAGAGAGUCAAAUCAGAAGGCCAAAAUUUUAAGGAAAGUGGAUUAUCCUUUGGAGUUAGAUGUGUUUGAUUUGUGUUCAGAGGAUCUUCGCUCCCAGUUGGAAGGUCCUCGACGGCUUCUGAGGGAUGAGGAGGGCAAAAAACUAGGUCUGAAACCCAAUGAGAAGACUUUGGAUUCAGCAGAAAAGGAUGUGAAGGUGUCUGCUGCAGGAGGUACAUCUACUGGGAAUGAGGCACAAUCAAGUGUUACACCUCAAGAAGAUGGCCCCCCUUCUGACAAGGAAACGCAAAUGACUGGAAUUUAUGAUUUGGUAGCUGUGCUGACCCACAAGGGAAGAAGUGCAGAUUCAGGACAUUAUGUUGCUUGGGUCAAGCAAGAAAGUGGGAAGUGGAUUGAAUAUGAUGAUGAUAACCCAAUGGCACAAAGAGGAGAAAACAUCUUAAAGCUAUGUGGUGGAGGUGACUGGCAUAUGGCAUAUAUAUGCAUGUACAAGGCUCGUGUUGUCCCUAAUUGAACUUAAAUUUCGUUCAAACUGUAUGUGAGGGCUUUUCAUGGUUGGCUAGAGACUCAUUUGACUAUAUUUACUUGCCAGAAACUUCCCUAUGUACCACCUAGAUCCUUUAAUCCAUCUGGAAUUUUCCCAUAUUUCUUGUUUAUUAGGUCAUUUCAAGUGGUUUGUUCUGUAGCAGCUUGGCAUAUUGAAAGCAAGCUGGUGUGGAUUAGAUCUUUUUUAGACCCAGAUAUGUUUAUGUUUAAAUGUAUGGAUGGUUGGCUCUGCUUAUUUUCUAUUUCUGUUUGGGACACUGAAAAUUUGCAAUUAGCUCUUCCCAUUCCGUCAAUGAACAAGAAACAAAGCAAGUAUUUAUGUUUA